AUGCGUAGCGAAACUCUCAUCGCGAAUGACAAAGUGAGGGAUUUCGUAUUUUGCCGAAUCCGAGUUAAACCGCUGCAAUUCGACGUAAUUGCAAACGAAACGGAGAUCUGCGAGGAACUCGAAUCGUUAUGGCUGAGGCUUCAAGAAUCAGGAAAAUCAGGACGAGAUUCGAAACACUUCGGCGUCGACUUGUGCGAAUUCAGUAUCCACGACAACAAAGUCAUACCACGAGGUCAUCGGGUGGUUAUUCCGAAAACAUGCGGAAAACAAAUCCUGAACGAGCUCCAUCAAGGACACUAUGGUUCGGAUAAAAUGAGCAAUCUCGCCGGACGGUAUGUUUGGUCGGAAGGUAUCGAUAAAGAUAUCUCCGACAUCACCGUGUCGUUUACGGAGGCUUUCAUCACCUCGAAAAAAACCUCAGCCGCUACAUUGAUGCAUCUCCAGGGGACAAUGGCACGCUUCGGCAUUCCGGAAAUCGUGGUUACCGAUAAUGAUCCCACCUCUGCCUCAGCUCAAUUCAAUCAUUUCUGCUUGACUAAUGGCAUCAGACACAUUACAUCGCCACCCCAUCAUCCGGCAUCUAAAGGACAGGUCGAACGUUACGUCAACACCCCGAAGAUGGCUUUGUAG